AUGAAUUUCUUCAGCAAUUCAACAUCACGUCUUAUUGUUCCGCGUAGGAAACGUUCCGGUAUACAAUCAGUUCAACCGGAUACAUUUUUAACCACCUGUAAGUAUGCCAGUGCUGAAGGACGCUUCUCAAUCAUUGAUAAAAGGCAUAAGGAAUCAGCGAAUAUGGAAUCAACCGAUUCAUCGUCUGAUGACGAAAUGGAUUUUACGAAUAAAAAAACAGUAUUUACUGGAAUGAAAUACGAUCAUCAUGUUUUAUUUCAAUCAUCAACAGCAAACAGCACGACAUCAUCGCAGCAGCAAUCACAGUUGGGACUUAAGAAGAGUAAACAGAUGAAUGGAUCACGAUUUAGAAUUGUUCCAUUGGAAUCACGUUACGAACGUGGUCGUUGGGCAUGUUGGGAUUUCUACAACACUGAACCUCCGAAACAACAUCGUGAACGUCAUUCCUCACCGUUACCGCUAUUCAGUAGCUCGAGUUUAUCCACAAAAUCAUUCAUAAAUACCCGUAAAUUAUCGAUGUUUUCACCGGUCGAUAAUGUACCUCAUACUGCUCCACCAAAUGAUCAACAAUCUACCACCUUCUCGUUUGAUUUCUCUAAUGAUUCCGAUACUGAUAAUCAUCUUACAACAAAAGCGUGUGGUAGUUGCAAGAAAUCUGGGCAGUUGUCGUCAAAACCUUCGAAAUUUGAAAAGAAAACUAACAAAGAUUUAUUGAAGAACAACGCAGAUAACCAAAAUAAGCUAAAAUCGAAUAAAAUGGAAACUGAAUUGGCAUUAAGUGGACGUAUGACACCGGUUGAAAUGUUGAAUAAUUUUGGAUUAGAACGAUCGUUAUCAGCAACGUAUAGCGAUAAUCGAUAUGUACAAGAACUAUUACCCGGAACAAUGCCACAAAUUGGAAAUUCAGGAAUGAACAACAGGCCUAAUAAACAUAUCGGUUGCGAAAAGGUCGAGAGGCAUGUUUUGGAAGAUUAUCAUCAAACAUUAAUUUAA